UCCAUAGUAGUAAAAAAAUGCUGAAAAUCAUAUAUCGAUGAUAUCAAUACUCCAAUAAUCAAAUCAAUGUUUCUUCUUCUUCUUUUCAAAUCACACUAACACUCUCAAACUUCAAACCAAAAAAAAUGUUACUCACUCAUCACCUUCAUCUCCCUUUCACACAUUCACCUUCUUCAUCUUCAACUACUUUCACCACCCCCUUCCGCCCCUUGCACCUCACCACUCCAAUCCUCAACCUCAAACUCCCACCCACACCCCCCCGGUUUACUUCCUUCACCCUCCACGCCGAUUCAUCCCGCCGCCAAUCCCAACCCUCCAUCUCCAACUACGUCGUCGCCAAUUCCAUUUUCGAUUCCGUCAUCGACUCCUUCCUUUCAGUGCUCGAGUUCCUGUGUCUUCUCUCUUCGCUCAUCGUGUCGGCUAACGUCGCCGUGAUUGCGCUGUGGAAGAAGGAGUUGUAUGAAGCGAUUGGGAGUAGGGUUGCUCCGUUGAGUAUGUUGUUGCUUGUGGUUGGUGUUUUGAGUGGCGCGUUGAUUAGGAGAAGGAGGGAUGUUGUGAUUGAGGGAGUUCCGGUGUCGAAGGUGAGUUUGUUGCCGAGGAUUCAGAAAUUGGAAGGGGAUAUGGCUAGGUCUGCUAAUGUUAUUAGGAUUUUGUCUAGGCAGCUUGAGAAAUUGGGGAUGAGGUUUCAGCUUACUCGGAAGAAUAUGAAGGAACCAAUAUCUGAGACUGCUUCUCUCGCACAGAAGAAUUCCCAGGCCGCAACAGUAUUAGCCAUGCAAUCAGAUGUUUUAGAGAAGGAGGUCCAGGAAAUUCAGAAAGUCUUACUAGCAAUGCAGGAACAACAGCAAAAACAACUCGAUCUCAUUCUUGCAAUUGUGAAGCCAGGUAAGCCAUGGGAAAGCAAGCAAGUUAAUGAGGUGAAUCAGGAGGUCCACCAAAUUUGAAGCUUGGGUACAAAUUCCAGAGUGAUGAAUCUUAGCGAAACAUUCUGAUUUAUGAUGUGCACACUGAAUCAUCCAUCAACACACAAAGUCAAAUUACCAAUAAUUUUAUCGGCACAGAAAUAAUUAUUACACGUCUUCUAAGGGCACCUCAAGGUUCCUGUUGAUACAGGUGAGAAGAAAUUAAUCAAUGAGUCAAUUCAAUCUAAGGGGAGAAUUUACUGAACUCUCUGAUUUGUGGUAAAGUUCGGGAACGUAAUGUUGGUUCUUUGUGUUUGUGCAUGUAUUUUCAUUUCAAGUUUACAAGGUGCUCAUCAUCAAAACUUGUCACAGUUCACAUAUUUCCUCUGCUCUGCUGUAUCAAAAACAUAUGAAUAUAUAAACAUUGGUGUGGAACAUACUUUGGUCCAGACCCUUUUUGUUUUCAAAAAUACCUUGAACCCAAAGUGUUCUUCUGGCUGUUUUUUAAA